UUGACAAUCAUCUCCAACAUUCGUUCAUCACUUGCUUUACACACUCGCUUCAUAAGCUUUUUAUUGUUCAACCCUCGCUUUUGCAUCUUUGUUUCGUUUCUGUCAUGUCUGAUUCGAAACCACAUGCCUACUACUUUGUUCCACGCAAGCCGGUAUCGGCAGACUCCGAAACGGGCUACAGCCUUCAAAGGACUUUGACUCGAUCUCGAUCUAGCUUAUGGCGAGGAUGGAGUCCAGGGCUACCUUCAUUCACAGAGUAUGAGAGAACAGCAUACAAAUUUCCCUGGCUUCAAAACCCAGUGGAGGAAUCAGGUAGCAGGCAUCCCGGGAUUAUCUUGGAAACGUCUGCUCAUGACGAUCGUUCACAUUUGCUUUCUCAUGACGAUACGCAGGCAGGGCCCUCUGCAGAUGUUCCCCUCGAGGAAAAGCCUGCACAAGAGAUCAAACCUGAUGAUCCUGAAGACCCAGACCUGGUAACAUGGUCUGGGCCUGACGACCCAAUGAACCCAAAGAACUGGGCCAGGCACAAGAAAUGGACGGCAACCAUCUUGGUCUCAUGUUUCACAUUCAUAUCGCCCGUCUCCUCAACCAUGUUAGCUCCAGCAUUAGAUACCCUUGCCGACGACUUUGACGUCGAGUCCGACAUUGAGACGUACCUCCUCAUGUCUAUCUUUCUGCUCGCGUACGCAGUGGGACCUUUCGUUCUUGCACCGUUGUCAGAGAUGUACGGGCGUGUUGUUGUGCUCCAGUCUGCGAAUAUGUUUUACUUGAUCUUCAACACCGUCUGCGGCUUCUCUGCUUCAAAGGAACAGAUGUUGGCUUUCCGAUUUCUUAGUGGACUCGGUGGAAGUGCUCCCCAAGCUCUUGGUGGAGGCGUGCUGAGUGAUUGCUGGAGAGCCGAAGAGAGGGGCACAGCGACUGCCAUAUACAGUCUUGCUCCCUUUCUUGGGCCUGCUGUUGGGCCUAUCGCUGCCGGUUACCUAACUCAAUACCUCUCAUGGCGCUGGAUCUUCUGGACCGUCUCCAUCGCUGAUGCGGUCGUCCAGAUUCUCGCCUUUCUCUUCCUCUUUGAGACAUAUGCCCCCAAGAUCUUGGCAGCCAAGGCCAAAAUACUGCGCAAGAAGACGGGUAACGCGAACCUGCGUACGGAAUUCGAUCAUCCAGACAGGACAUUUGCACAGACUUUACGGAAGAAUCUGAUCAGACCAUUCAGGAUGCUCUUUACUCAGCCAGCACUGCAGAUCACCGCGGUGUACAGGGCGUACUUAUAUGGCCUCAUGUAUCUUGUCCUCGCUUCGUUCCCUUAUGUGUGGAGCGAGCAAUACGACAUGGAGCCCGGCCCGGCUAGUUUGAACUACAUCUCACUUGGUGUUGGCUUCGUGAUUGGACUGCAGAUAUCUGGGCCCCUCAUCGAUAAGGUCUAUCGCAAACUCAAAGCACAAAACAACGACACAGGGCGUCCAGAGUUCAGAAUCCCCCUAAUGUUCCCCACAGCCAUCAUCACCCCUGUCGGCCUCCUCCUGUACGGAAUCGCAGCACACUUUGAAGUCCACUGGAUCGUUCCAAACAUUGGGGCGGCGAUUCUGGCCGCUGGUCUCAUUGUAUCUUUUCAGUGUGUGCAGACGUAUGUCAUCGACUCGUAUGAGAGGUAUACAGCCAGCGCAGCAGGGGCGGCGGCCUUUGUACGGACAAUGGCUGGUUUCAGCUUCCCUUUAUUUGCACCGAGAUUAUACGAUGUGUUGGGUAUUGCCUGGGGUAAUGUGCUGCUUGCCGGGAUUGUCUUUGUUAUGGGAUUGAUUGUGCCGUUUGUGAUGUGGAGAUGGGGCGCUUGGCUGAGAAGCAAGAGCCAGUAUUGUGCUGGUUGAGUAGAUCUCACAUGUGAGAUGCGUACUAGUCUCACAAAAUUUUGGAAUAGAGUUGCGAUAUCAAGAAUGAUUUACGAUAGAUAACUAGAAUUAUGACCAC